AUGCACGUCUCCGAGCCCGCCCGCCCCAUCCAGGGCAAGUCGAUCGCCGCUUUCAGCCAGCGCAGCCCCUACAAGGCUUACAGGAGUCCUUUCGGUCCUCAGUACACCAUCGCCCCCAACUUCCACGGCAUCACCGCCCGCCAGCUGAUCAGGGCCGGUGUCCUUGCAGGCGGUUUCGGCGGCGUUGCCGGCUUCUUCGCCCUCUUCUUCUUCGCCGAGGUCCCCAAGGUGCGCGACGACAUCAUGAUGAGGACUCCCCUGGGCAGCUUCUUCAAGAAGGAGAUUGCUCCCGAGGACAACCCGUUCUAG